GUACUCUUCUCGCGAUUCCUGAACGUCGAUCAAAGGCCGAAAGAUCCAGCGAUUAUUACGACUGGCCGCCUAUAAUUAAACAUACCCGUGAUUGGAUUUGGCGGUAUGGGCGACGAUAAAUUACGAUUCCCCGGCAAAUGUCACGGAUCCCCGAGGAUUCCCGGGGACGAGGGGAACGCGACGAGCCCGAGGACAGUGGCUUCGCAAUAUCAUCGGGCUACCGUCUGGCUGGCCUUUUGCAAACGAGGUCGAGGGUCAUGUCUUCGAGACAUAAUCGUCCAUAGAGAGCGGAGUCAACAUAGGACCGUGGAUUCUCGAGCACGCGACCAUUUUUACAAUUACCAGCGAAAUUUAUUAUAAUUGAGAGUUAAAUUGAUCUUAAAGUGGUGUCGAUACGCUUCCGGUUUUGGUUCCUUAUUGGAAGGAAGUUGGAAGAGUGCAGAGAUUAUCGCAGAGGAUCAUGGCGACGUUCCAUCUUUUGGACAUCCUUGGAAUUUCAUUGCUGUUGCACUUGAGCUUUAGUAUAUUGCUACUGGUCAUUUUGGUGCCUUUUAUGCUACUCGUUUAUCCGGUGUUAAAAUGGUUAAGAAAGGGUUGGAUACGUUUCGUAAAAUGGAAAUAUCCAAACGUGGUCGUGGUGGAAGAGAACAACAUUCGAACAAUCCUGGACCAAUUUCGAAAUCACGGGAUUUGUACUUUGCUGAUUCAAAGUCGCUCGAUCGCGGAAGGUAUUCGCGGCCACUUGCUACAUCUGACUACAUCCAGAAGAUUUCUUCGCGCAGGAUUAUCUACGAGAUGGGGUCUCUACGUAUGGAAGGAUCUUGAUUAUUUCUCCGUGGAUAAUCACUUGUUGAAUUCACCGUGUUCCUUCAGAGGUCGACCCAUCACAGAGUUCAACAUUCAGGACUAUGUGAGCGAUCUCACGUCGAAAUUCUUUCCAUUCGGACAACCACCGUGGCAGGUGCACGUAAUAAACUGUCUUCUUCGUGGAGAGGAGUACCAAAUCUGUCUGGUGAGAGUUCAUCAUCUGCUCCUUCAACAAGAACACCUAGCGUUGGCCGACUUCCUUCCAUUGAGAUAUUCCACCGACAGUUGGGCGUGUCAGGAAGCGGACUCUCCCUUCACGAAUCUUUACUCAGAGCCAUCGGCGCUUCCAAAACUUUAUCAGAAACUCACGGAGAGCUUCAGUAAUUAUUGGAACGAAUUUUUAUACAAUAACGAUUCAAACGAGAGACCAGAAAUCCUAAAGAAGCAGAUUGGUAUUUUUCAAUGCUUGAAAAUCGCUGUCAUCGUUUUAGUUUCUUCGGUGAAAGAGAUGACAAGACAGUACAGGAAAGGAGAGGGACCCAGAUUUUUCGACAUUCUCUCUAUCUUACAGCGAGAAGCCGGUAAACGAAACGUCGGUCAUACCGUCUUUUUACACGCUCUACUAAAAUCUCUGAACCCUCUGCAAUUCUUCCGCGAUGCCAUUCUAUGGUGUUGGUAUCUAGCAGUCGUUCUAACUCUGAAAACGCCGAUAUUACUUAUCCGAGAGUUACAAGCCCUGAAAUCACGUCACAAACAUUAUCAUUCGGAUACUCUGACCUCUAUGUUAUGGUGCUACGUUCCUUUAAUAUAUCAAGCCACUAUGGAAGUGGUUUCCAUCGCGUGGAUCGCUAUAAAGGCACCGAAGACAAUUUUCGAAGAAUUAUUUCUGAAGCAUCCGCAAGCCAAUCGACUUCAAAUUACGUCUCCUUGCGGACGAAAAGUAGUUGCUUGGUCAGAGGAGAUCAAACUCGAUGUUCUUCGAAAAAUCUCGUCUAUGACUGGAGCGACAGAGGCGGAAGUUUUGUUAGCCGCUACGGUAGAUUCUCUUAAGGAAUACUUUCGCCAUUCUGGCGUUAGAAUACCGGACGAUGUGCUCGCCACUGGCAAAUUUGUCGAACAGAGGGCCAUAUUUCUGCAGAAUCACCAAGCUAGAGGCAUUUUGUGUCUUGCGCUUCCUACAAAGACUCCGCUAUUCGAAGACGAUCUGGUGGAAAUCUUACAGGUUAUUCAGAAAAAUGUGCGCGAGGCAAGAGCAAAGCAAAGCGCGAUGUACGCCAUAACAGCAGCUGAAGAGUCUUGCGGAUUGAUUUCCUCCUGUUUGCCGUCGUUACUGCUCAAAGUGAUGUUAAAUCAGUUAACGAGAAGGUAUUCCCUCUCCUUGACACACGUCAACGGAGAUGUGCCCGUAGAAGGCGUGGACGCGAUGAUGUAUUGGCGACCCCCUCAAGGCAACUGCAAUAUGUCGAUAACCCUACACAGGUACGGAAGCGGUGUGCGGCUAGGUGUGAUGGGCGACGCGUUAAUUGGUCCUGAACACACCGUUAUCACGAGGACUUUCCCGAAAAGCAUGGAGAAUCUCGCGAACGUAGUCGGAGUUCCUAGAAUUCCCAGCAGAAACUCAACUCCGAGUCCAGUUAAUCCGAGCACUUCACCGGGACAUUAAAAAUGUAUGGAGGCUAUGUAGAAUAGGUCACAUGUUUGUCUCCUGAGAAGAUAAAUCUGCGCUUUUUUCUCGGAAAUCGUGCGAAACUCCGAGUUUGAAAUUGAAAGUGAAAUUGAACUGGAUACCGGACCUUUAGAGGAAGACUUGUAUGUAGAAUUUAUUAAUCCUGUCGAAUAAUAUUUAUAACUAUUUACGAUUGUCAUAUAUUUAAAAGAAAAAAAUUUCCAAUUUUUUUUUUGGAAAGAGAUAAGCGAGAAAUAACGAAAAAGAUUGUGCCGGUGAUAUUUGUUACUUUUUUAUAAAUUUGUGAUGCAACGUUAUUUCUGUCUCCGUCCUUUUUGAUAUUAUCUUUUUUUUCAGCCACAUUCGAAUAAAUAAAAAUAAUGUGUUUCUUUCAACAUAUUGUAAGUAUAUAUAUUUAUACAAAUAUACACAUUCGUAUCUAAUUUAUACAUACACUUUCAGCAAUUUAUAUUUUGCGGCAAUGCAUAAUACAUUAUGAAGAUUAAGAAAUUAAAUCUCCUUCUUAUUACUUGUUACAAUGGUUAAUAGUUUUUAAGUAUUAUACGUUACAACUGUUGACAGCAAAUAUUUCAUUUUUUUAACAACACAUUUCUUUCCACGAAUCGCAACUUUCGUUUUAGCCUGACUUUGUAUAAACAGUUCAACGUUAGGUAAGUUAAUUUGACAAUUUGAUUGCCAUCUUUGAGUGGUAUUUCAAAUUAAUCGAUAUAUUUAACGAGAAGAGUGUCAGAAUUUCAAAACUGUUUUAACGCUACAUUUAGAUCACUCCAAUUAAUAGUAAGCAACAUAACUAAACAAUAUUUGGCUAAAAAAUGAUAUAUAUCACGGCUAAAAAAUUAUUAUCUAAAUUUUAAAAGGAAAUAAAAUUUUCCAUCGUUAAUUAGGUUACUUCCUAUUUAAAAAUUUCUAUUUCAUACCAA